GCAGGACAGGAUUGGCCAAGGACUGUGGAGGUAGAUAUCGGGGCGGGAUAGAUGCCAGCAGGCGGGUUUUAUCUUACUUUGAUGAGAUGGCACGAGCUGACAAAUACCUGGCAGCCCGGCGACUUUGACCUGAGUCUGGGAUAUCUUGGAAUCCCGGACGUCAAGGCUGGUUGUUGGGUUGAGGCGCUGGCGAUAGGAUCACGACAGCAGGCGAUGGAGGCGGCGAUCGAGUCGAAGCUGGGGAGAGGAUGGGUGAUGAGAAAUGGAGAAUGGAGCGAGGCCGAACGUUGCUGCCUGCUGACGGACCAGGGUCCGGUGAGCACUUCUACGCGUAUUCACACCUCACCUUCCAACCAAGAGCAGCCAAGAUCUCCUGAUGCAGUCGACUUCUUUGUCUGCUGCCCGUUUGUCAUUCUGAAUUUUCAGUCACUGGGGACGCGUAGGGUAGCCCACAUCCUCCCAAGCAACGAGAAGGUGAAGGCGGCGCAGGACAUCGCCGCAAUCAGUGUUGCAACAGUGACUACAGUAUUCAAUGGGUUCCAGGCAUGUUCUGGCGACUUCAGCCCUUGCCAUCCAAACAUGGAACGUUUGUCUGCGCAAUAUGGUAUCAUGCAAAUCUACCCCACUCCCCAGUAG